UGGGUAUUGCAUGCCACAGUUUGUACAUUGCUUUUCUAGCAGCUAAUGUACGCUAAAAGGACUUGCUGAGCAGCUGCCAGCCGGGGGGCGGGGGCUGGAAAGCAAUGCUGAGGAGGCUGGCCAAUGCAGGAAGUGCAGACAAAUCAAUUCAACAAACAUUUACCUAUGUGCAAAGCUUAAUGGCCGGGGCCCAGCUGAGCCCUAGAGCAACCCAAGAAAUGGGGGUGGUUAGUAUCUUUGCUGGCUGAGGAAUGGUAGAGGGAAAUGCAGCACUGUUCUGCCAAAACUAUGCACAGACUCCCAUUCACAGCUGCAGCAUGUCUGGCCCUGGAGUGUGAGGUAUCUUCUAGUCCCGGGUUUCCCAGGCCCAGCUCUGAUGAUGCAGUCUCAGUCAUGCCCAACCACCCUGCUGCUCUUCCAGGCCUGCCCUGCCAACGCCGCUUUGUUCUCUCUCUAGGGAAUCCCCUGACAAGAGAGGAACCGUGGGUUUGUUGCAGUCUGAGCAGCUCCCAUAAGUCUCUCACUGAGCUCAGUGUAUCAUAACCAUCUUAUAGUCUCACCAGCUCUUCCCUUUGUGGCAACUUUCACCCAACAGGAGACCUCGAGUAGUUUCCCACUGGUUAUCAACACCCAGAAUGACACCUCAGCAAGAAUUCGUUUCACAGAGGGCCUCGUGAUGUCAUAACGUUCCAUCAAUGACAACCAAUGAAAGAAAAGGAGGAUAGGCUGAGCCCAGCCUGCUUCUGCAAGGACACAGCAUAGUUGGGUUGGGCUCCAUGAAGCUGCACCUGCUGCUGCCACUCCUGCUGGGGGCUGUGCUCCCUGUGCCACUUUCCCAAAGGCUCAGCGGCUCAGUCCCUGAGGAUUUCUCUGCUCCCCUGGAGCUCCCACAGCAGCACUUCGGCCUGGUGGAUGAUUAUGGCAUUAAGCCGAAGCACCCCCAAUUCCAGACUCGAGCACCCUGGAAGCAGCCUGCAGGCCUGCACCAAGCACACAAGAGCAAGCGGGAUGAGUCAGAUUUGGCAGAGUAUUAUGAUGACAAUGUCCUGUGAGCUGCCCAGGGACUUGUUGCAGUGGGGUCUUCACGAGCCCCAUAGGCAGCUCUAGCCCUGUGCACUAGCUGCUUUAUAAAGGUGUGCAGUACAGCAAGACAGACUGAGGGUCUGCUCAGCGAUGUCUGUUGGUGGGGAAGGUGAAGGCUGAGGGCUGCCUCUGCUCCAGCCUACUGUCUUUAG